CAAGGCUUUAGCUUCGGAGCUUCGAAAAAUUCAGUUUCGAUCUCGAAAACGCAAUCAGGACUUUGUUUCAAAGGACAGCACGAAAAGACACAAGAUUUUCCGGUUUUGCUGAUCCAUAUCUGAAUCUUGGACUUGUGUCUGUUCAUGUCUGUGGAUAACCUUUGUUGUGUACUUGAUCGGCGUUAGUAAUCUGGGAGUGCAAAAAGAAGUUGGUGGAUCUAUAUCUAUAAGAUGAUACCACUUUUGGAUUCUUUGUUAUCUAAAAUGCCCUCAUUGUCUGCCUCUGAUCACGCCUCUGUGGUUUCCCUCAAUCUCUUUGUUGCACUUCUUUGUGCUUGUAUUGUCCUUGGCCAUCUUUUGGAGGAGAACCGAUGGAUGAACGAAUCCAUCACCGCCUUAUUGAUUGGGCUGGCUACUGGUGUUGUCAUUUUGUUGAUUAGUAAUGGCAAAAGCUCACAUCUUCUGGUCUUCAGUGAAGAUCUUUUCUUCAUUUAUCUUUUGCCACCCAUUAUAUUCAAUGCUGGGUUUCAAGUGAAAAAGAAACAGUUUUUCCGCAACUUCGUGACUAUUAUGCUUUUUGGUGCUAUUGGAACUGUUGUCUCUUGCACUGUCAUAACACUAGGUGUAACGCAGUUCUUUAAGAAACUGGAUAUUGGGACCUUUGACUUGGGUGAUUAUCUUGCAAUCGGUGCUAUAUUUGCUGCAACAGAUUCCGUGUGCACACUUCAGGUUCUGAACCAAGAUGAGACACCUUUGCUUUACAGUCUUGUAUUCGGAGAAGGUGUUGUGAAUGACGCCACAUCAGUUGUAGUCUUCAACGCGAUUCAGAGCUUUGACCUCACUCACCUUAACCAUGAAGCUGCUUUUCGACUUCUUGGGAACUUUUUCUAUCUGUUUCUCCUCAGCACCUUGCUUGGUGUUGCGACCGGUCUGAUAAGUGCAUAUAUCAUCAAAAAGCUAUAUUUUGGAAGACACUCCACUGACCGAGAGGUUGCCCUCAUGAUGCUUAUGGCCUAUCUUUCUUAUAUGCUUGCUGAGCUUUUCGACUUGAGUGGUAUUCUCACUGUGUUCUUCUGUGGUAUUGUGAUGUCUCAUUACACCUGGCACAACGUCACCGAGAGCUCAAGAAUCACUACCAAGCACGCCUUUGCAACACUGUCGUUUCUUGCGGAGACGUUUAUUUUCUUGUAUGUGGGAAUGGAUGCUUUGGACAUUGACAAGUGGAGAUCCGUGAGUGACAGUCCGGGAACAUCGGUGGCAGUGAGCUCAAUCCUAAUAGGUUUGCUCAUGCUUGGAAGAGCAGCAUUCGUCUUUCCGUUAUCGUUUCUUUCAAACUUAGCAAAGAAGAACCAAAGCGAAAAAAUCGACUUCAAGAUGCAAGUUGUGAUUUGGUGGUCUGGUCUCAUGAGAGGUGCUGUAUCAAUGGCUCUUGCAUACAACAAGUUUACAAGGGCUGGGAAAACGGAUUUGCGAGGGAAUGCAAUCAUGAUCACCAGUACUAUAACCGUCUGUCUCUUUAGCACCGUGGUGUUUGGUAUGUUGACAAAACCGCUAAUAAGAUUCCUGUUGCCGCACCAGAAAGCGACCACUAGCUUUUUAUCCGAUGGCAACACCCCAAAGUCCAUCCAGAUCCCUUUGAUAGACCAAGACUCGUUCAUUGAGUUUGCAGGGAACCACAACGUGCCUAGGCCAGACAGUAUACGUGGCUUCUUGACACGGCCCACUAGGACAGUGCAUUACUACUGGAGACAGUUUGAUGACUCCUUCAUGAGGCCUGUCUUUGGAGGCCGUGGCUUUGUCCCCUUUGUCCCUGGCUCUCCGACUGAGAGAGACCCUCCUACUGAUCUCAGUAGAGCUUGAGAGAAGUGUGUGUGAUUGUAAGUAUGUAAUUUAUUUAUUUGUAAUAUUGUUUGUGAGGACAGAGAGCUGAGCUGUCCCUACGUUUUGAGAGCAGUAAGCAAACUCUUUGAAAGGGUUAUGAUUGCAAUGUAUAUAUUCGAUGUAUUUGUUUACUUGUUAAGAUGGAACAAAACUAUACAUUUGUUAAUGUGUGUUUGGAACGGUUUCGAACUUGACCGGACCGGUUUGGAACGGUUUAGUUCGAUUUGGAAUAAAAAGAAGAAGGCUUUUCUU